AUGAAGUGCUCACCACAGUCUGCUUCUGGCUCAGAUACCAGCAACAUGAGGGACAUCACCGAACUGCCGCAUGAGCUCUUCCUCAUUGUCAUAUCUCACCUCUCACCGCGAACCUGCGUGCGAUGUCGCUCCGUUUCCCGCCGAUGGCACCACGCCUUUACCGACGAGGCCAACUGCCUCCUGCUCCUACGGUGGAAUUUCCCACGAUGUCGUGAGAUGCGUCUGGCGGCGCUCCUAUCCUCACCCGCCCCUCAGAAAUCAGCAGACAACCUCCCUCCCAACCUCAAGGCUGAAUUGGUCCGGUUUGCCCAAGUACGCCGCGUUUGGUCGUCCACCUUUGCCCAUGUCGCUCGACGGUACCACCACCUCAACCGGGCCACGGCCCGAGUGGUGGAAAAGCUAGACAUGGCACCCUCCCAAAACAACCUCUUCUCCUUUUGGGGUGUGGCCCCCUGGAACCGCUAUCUCCGUCUACACGAAAAGACAGCCAGCUUCCACUACCCCGACCCAUCAUGGUGGUACAGUCAGGAGGACGGCGUGCUGGUCUACCCUGCCACCCGGCCAGAAGGGGACUCACCACCGCUUGAAACAACAGGGCACAUCUACCACAUAGUUGACCUAUCCACCAAACUAGAAUUCCCCGUCCCGUUCGACGUUAGACAAAAGCACAUCCGUCGAGUAAGACUAGCCCAGGGAGUUUUGGUCUUUGAAUGGGCCGAAGUCCUACCCUACCAUCAACUUAACGACCGCGAAGUAGUCCACAGGCAUUAUGUCUCCAUCUUUGAUGUUCUCCGUCAUCCAUCCACCACCACCACCCACUGCACCUGGUCCAUAACCUUCCGCUCAGAGUUCAAACUCCACUUCCUCGGCCUCCCCCUCAACCGCUCCGACCGCUUCUUCUCAGCUCACACAGCAACCCACUACGCGGUCUACUUUUGGCAACCAAACCGCUCGCUUUAUCAAGACGACCCGAUAGAACAGCUAGCAGUGUGGGACAUUUCUUCCCCAUCUCCCUACCGACCAUCAGAAGACCCAAAAGGGAGGAAACGUCCCAGCGUGGAACGGACACCUUCUCUCCCGACGGGUCUAUGGAGCGGUAAAUCAUCUUCUACCGCCACAACACGCAGUCCCCCGCAGGCAGACGUGUCAAACGACGCCGCCUCCUCCUCAGACAUGGAACAACCCCGCCGCCGGCUUUCGGCCUCACAAACCACCACCGCCCCCGGCCCGUUUGUUAUCAGGCGUAUAGCCUGGUCCCAACUAGACUUUUACGGCCUGCGACAACGAGCUACGCCCCAGCUGAGGAACUUGUCGCUGGAUGGGAAGAAUCUGUAUUUCAUCGAGGAGGAGCACAGGUGGGCGGAUGGGCAGCACUCUAGUCUUUCUCCUCCGAGGGCGCACCUUGUUCGGUCGACUGGUAUACCGAUUAUUCCUUUUGAUGAUCAGGACAACUCUUCCCAGGGUCAGGGUCAUGUGGUGCAAGGCCCGGUGUUUCUUGAUAGUUGUGGGGCGGAUGGGGAUGUGAACAUGAAUUUUUGUCGAAGGGUGGCUCCCGCAAGUUCGGUGAGCGUGUGGCCGCCGCCUAGCAUUGGGGGUUUGAACGCGGUGAGGGGGAGGGGUUUGAUUGAACAGUUACGGCCCCGGGAGAAGAAGGAGGAAACGUCGGAGUGGGGCGGGAUAGCAAAGCAUUUGGCGCCGUGCUGGAGGCAUGAGGAUUUUCCUUAUUUGACUGUUUCUGAGAUGGUCGAUGGGGAGGCUGGGGUUAGGGUGAGCGCGAUGCAUUGUUUUAUGCUGGAGACGUUGAGUGUGCAUGUCAGGCCGAGGUUGACGGUUGGAGGCGAGGGGUUGGAUGAGGGGAAAGGGAAGGUGGACAGGGAGGAGAUUGUGAGGAGGACGAGGGUGAAGGAGUUUGGGGUUAUGAGGGGGGAUGCGGGGGAGGAGGUCAAUAUGUGGGGGGAGUUGCUUGCAAAGGGGCACAUCAGUGGGGAUGAGAGGUGGGUUGUUGGGGAGGAUGAGCAAGGGUUGAUAACGGUGUUGAGGUUCUAG